AGGGAAACACAAACAGUGUUUACUCAGUGAAGAACAUUUGUCCUUUUCCCAAUGUUGAGCAAGCUACUUAGUUCUGUCUCUGCAACUGCAAGUACAAUAUGAUCUGAAUCUUACUGCCAUCGGAAGUUUCCAUGAAAAUUACUGGUUUUGACGAUGGAGGCUAGCAGCUGUGCUGGCUCACAGUUACUUCUUACUAAGAUGGUUUGUCAAGGUGAAGUCUCAGAAAAAGCAGCAGUGAAAGUAAGGCUAGCUGGCAACGUUUUCACAGUGGAUAAAACCCUCUUGAAAGAGAACUGUGAAUAUUUCCGUGCGCUUUUCCAAUCAGGAAUGAAGGAAAGCCAGCAGGAGGAAAUAUGCCUACAGGUAGUGAGCGCUCGUGGCUUUCUUCUUGCACUUCGGGUGAUUCAUGGUGAGAGACCUUUCCUUGAUAGCGAUGAAAUUGUUGAAGCUGUUGAGUGUGCUGUCUUCCUUCAGGUUAAGCAUCUUGUUAAACAUCUUGUAAACAUUAUUAAUUCUGAUAACUGCCUCCUCAUUUAUCAUUCAGCUGCCACUUUUGGCUUAUGGGAACUGUUUGAGAGUGCAGCUUUGUUUAUUUGCGAUAUGUACCAGGACCUCAAGGAGGAUGUAAAGUGCCUGUCAAAGGAACUUACUGAUUACAUUGAAUCUCUUAUUCCUAGUACAUAUGUUACCAUCGGGACCCACUCACCCACAAUUAAGAUGCUCCAGGACUUUAUGAGGACAGUAUGUUACCUUGAUGAGGUUGAGAAUGACUGGAAAGUUCUCACUCACCUUCCUCUUAACACUAGCACUACCAUGGCAGGGGUUACAGUCCUUGAUAACAAGAUCUUUAUUGUCGGGGGGGUGUAUGACAUAAGCAAUAAAGUUGUAGACUCUGGCUUUUGCUAUGAUGUGGCCUCAGAUACCUGGACUACAUUUUCCAGCCCACAACAGCUCCGGUAUAACUGUACCUUGGUGGGACAUGAAGGCUGUCUUUAUGCGAUUGGUGGUGAGUUUGAAAGAUCCAUUAUUUCAUCUGUCGAAAAAUAUAAUGUGGCCACAGACACAUGGAGCUUUGCUGCUCAUCUUCCAAGACCUGCUUCUGCGGUAGCUUGCACCAAGACCAUGGGUAGGAUAUUCAUCUGUCUGUGGAAACCAAAAGAUGCCACUGAGAUCUACGAAUAUCUAGUAGACAGGGAUGAGUGGAGUCUAGUGACCACGCUGAUAAGACAUCAAAGUUAUGGGCAUUGUAUGGUAGCACACAAGGACAACUUGUACAUAAUGAGGAACGGACCGAGCGAUGACUUCUUGAGAUGCAUGAUCGACUGUUAUAACCUGAACUCUGGUCAGUGGUCAGCCAUGUUAGGACAGUAUGAGAACAGCAAAGGAGCUUUAUUCACAGCAGUGGUGAGAGGUGAUUCUGUUUUCACGGUGAACCGCAGAGCAACAGUGGAGUAUGCCAUUGAGGAUAAGAUAUGGAGGACAAAAAAAGAGAUGACAGGAUUUCCAAGAAUUGGGUCCAUGUGGACUUUUCUCCUGAGACUGCCAAAGAAAACCAAAGAGCCUCUGGGAAAGGAAGAUUUGACAAAUGGCCAAAUUUUCACUGCAUCCUCUCACAUCCUUCCAAACUCUUCUGUAGACUGCUAUUAUUGACAACACUGUAAACAUUUUAUCUGACAGCAAAUUCUAGAUAAGUAAUUUCUUUUUUCACAUUUCCUUACUUACCCAAGGCAUAGUUCUUCUACAUCAUAUCAAAAAUAAAUCUAGCUAUGUCUCCAUAUACUUGAUAUUUGUGUUGUGUUGCAUGUUCUCUUCACAUCCUUGUGGUUUUGCUCCAGGUUCUCUGGUUCCCUCCCACCUCCCAAAAUCAUGCUGCUUGCUGGGUGGUUUGGCUACAUUAAAUUGCCCCUGGAUGUGAAUGAGUGUGAGAAUGGGUGUGCAUUUUGCCCCAUGAUGGCCUGUGACCCAAAUCCAGGAUAUAUUUCCACCAUGUGUCUUGUGAACCAAGAAUGACAAUGAAUAAAUAAAGCAUUUAUAUAGUUAAAUUAAUAACAAAUGUUUUUUUUUUACUGUCAAUGGGCAAAUGACUGUAUAACUGAAACUGAAUACAGACUAUUUUGAUUUGACUUCUAAAAAUCUAGUUUCCAUAAUACUGCUCUCCAUGGAAUUUUUGUUUCUAGGGCUACAAAACAAGCAUCAACACAACAUCAUUACUCCAAAAAUAUUUGUCAGAUUUGUAUUGCUAGUUUGUCCGUGCUAGAGUAACAGGAUAGUU